ACGUGCCGACACCCACAUUUUUUUCAAAAAAAAACAAUUUCCCCACCACUCCAACGCAACGCCGCCGCUCCAACGGCUCGUUUCCCAGCCGGCCGACCCUCCACCCGCUCACGCUCCCCUUCGCAAUCUCAAAUUCCAUCGCCACCAGUCCACCAUCCCAGCCAGUCAGCCAACUCUUCGUCCUCCUCCUCGCUGCCGCCGCGCCUGCGACCGCCCGGUACCGUCAUCAAGAAUCCAAAACAACAUGGGGAUACCAUCGAGACUCCCGGGCCGCAAGGAGGAGGAGGAGUACGACGACGCCGUGUUCUACGAGGACAUCGAGGCGCCCAAGUUCGUGGACCUCGCCGCGCCCGAUGCCGCCCUCCCCAUCGACGACCCGGCCUGGUUCUGCCUCCGCGUCGGUUGCGACCAGAGCCAUGAGCAGAUCGACCCGGAGGCACUGGACCGGAGCUUCUUCAUGCGGGUCAUGGCGGCGAGAAGCCCCAACGUGCGGCAGCAGAAGGCGAUCAGUAGGAGAAACCAGAGAUCAAUGCUGAAAUGCCCGCACUCUGCGCCGCCGAAGCCUCCAAGGGCCCGGUUCGCGAGGAUGAGCACGGCGACGGAGGCCGCCGAGAAGGCUGCGACGAAGGCCAAGACGACGACCCAGCGGCUCUGCGCCCAGCGAGCGUCGCCGAACCGGACCAAGGCCGCGAGGAUCGAAGUUCCCAGCGCGAGGAAGAAGGCACUGACGACGCCGCGGAGCAUGGCCGUCCGGCCGAGGCAGGAUCCGUUCCUCAGCGUGAAGCAUCAGAAGGAGCCUAUCGCCGCGGCGGCGAGGAAGGGGACGGUCGUCAAGGCGCUGUUCAUGAGCACGCCGAGGAAGGAGGCCGCCCCGACGCCCUUGCCUGCCAAGAACAAGGAGGCCGUGUCUGAGGUCUGUUCCAAGUUGAGGAAGCUGAAUCUGGCGUGUCGGGAGGUGCCGAGCAGGUACAUGUGUCAGUCGAAUCCGAAGAUUUCGAAGAAAGGUGAAGCGACCGCGGCGCCGAUGAUCACGAAGAGAGGGCCAGAAUCCAGGAUGAAUGGCAAGAAGAAAACUUUAGGCCGCUCGGCGAAGUGUGCUAAUGCUGAACCUGACGAAGGAAACCGAAAUGGCUGUGAUAACACUGCUGCAGAUGAGAACUCACUUGCAGAAACUGCAAGCUCCCAUCUGGAAAGUAAGGUGGUGCUGCAGGAAUUGAAAAUUGAGGCGGGUACAUUGCGAGCUGACAAUUCCGAUGACAGCAAGGAGAAUCUGUCAAAUGCCGGGCAGCUGAUUGAAGAAGCCUUGAACAAUUUGCAUUCUGAAGGUGAAAACACACCAUUGGAGAACAAUGAGAAUGCUCCUCUGAAGGUGGCUAAAAUGCAGAGGAAGGUGAAUCCAGAGAAAGUAGGAAAGCUCAAGAAAACUACCAAUCCCAGGCCAUUUAGGCUAAGGACUGAUGAAAGAGGAGUGCUGAAAGAAGUAAAACCUGAAAGAAAGCAGCCGUUUGCCGAGAACAAUUCCAUGGCAGUACUCAACGAUGCAAACAGAGUGAUGCCAAUGGACAAAUAUCCCCAUGGAAAGGGACGAGACAAACCGAUCUGUGGCGAGAAACAGAAGAAACAAACCACACAAAUUGCCACGAGUCAGCUUGGUGAGGCCAAACCUGACUUGAAUAGCAUCCGAUGCAAUAAUGCGAGGUCUGCGAUGACGAAAGGAAAACUUGUUGAGAAAUCGCAGAGAGUUUCUAGGGUAGUGUCAUCAACAAGAACAACCAAGAAACCAAGUGGUGGUCUCAUGGGACCUCCUCGCAGUGAAAUUAUCCGAAUUGGAAAGGAGAGGAAGGCUUCAGUGAAAUUAUCCAGACUUCAAGCGGCUGCUGCUUGAGUGAGUGCACGGUCAGGGAGGAAAGGAGAAACUGCGACAAUGGUUUUAUUGUCUGCUCCAGUGACGAGUUCUGUAUUUACCGGUUCGAUUUCGUUUUCUGAGUUUUGUUAACUUCGGUGAUUGGUGUGGUGAAAUUCAAAUUCGUCUGCUUUGUACCAUCUUCACCAACCAGAUUCUUUGUGUAGCUUGUUUCAGAAUUGAUUCUUUCUGUAACUGUAAACUGGGGGAGAGAGGACGCCCAGCCCAUGAGUCACUUAGCUGUGGAAGCCACUGUUUCGUGCUGUGUUCUUGUUUCAAUAGAGCAUUGUGGGCUGAAUGCCAUUUCCAUUCA